AAACAAAAACAUGUCUUCUUGUUUCAAAUCCUCUGUUUCUCUGUUCUCAGUUUUCUUGUUUAUGAUCUUGAAGACAGUUACUUCAGAUCCAACUUAUCUCUACCACAUAUGUCCAAACACAACAACGUACUCAAGAAACAGCAGUUACUUAACCAAUCUCCGAACUGUUCUUUCAUCUCUCUCCUCUCCAAACGCAGCUUAUGCAUCGCUUUUUGAUAACGCAGCCGCUGGUGAAGAGAACGAUAGCAACAGAGUCUAUGGUGUUUUUCUCUGCCGUGGAGAUGUCUCAGCCGAAAUCUGCCGUGACUGUGUCGCGUUUGCAGCCAACGAAACGCUCCAAAGGUGUCCAAGAGAGAAAGUGGCAGUGAUUUGGUACGAUGAGUGUAUGGUAAGAUACUCUAAUCAAAGCAUCGUAGGGCAAAUGAGAAUUAGACCUGGUGUUUUCUUGACGAACAAGCAAAACAUCACAGAGAAUCAAGUGAGCAGAUUCAACGAGUCUUUGCCUGCUCUGCUCAUAGAUGUUGCGGUGAAAGCCGCUUUGAGCUCGAGAAAGUUCGCUACGGAGAAAGCCAAUUUCACGGUUUUUCAGACAAUCUAUAGCCUUGUGCAGUGCACUCCGGAUUUGACUAAUCAAGAUUGUGAGAGCUGUUUGAGACAAGUCAUUAAUUACUUGCCGAGAUGUUGUGAUCGAAGCGUUGGCGGGAGAGUAAUCGCUCCGAGUUGUAGCUUCAGAUAUGAGCUUUAUCCAUUUUACAAUGAAACUAUAGCUGCGGCUCCGAUGGCUCCUCCUCCUUCGUCAACGGUGACUGCACCACCACUGAAUAUUCCUUCAGAAAAAGGUAAAGGCAAGAACUUGACAGUUAUAGUUACCGCGAUCGCUGUACCGGUUUCUGUCUGUGUGUUACUUCUUGGUGCUAUGUGUUGGUUACUAGCAAGAAGAAGGAAUAAUAAGCUCAGUGCUGAAACAGAGGAUUUAGAUGAAGAUGGUAUUACGUCAACAGAAACACUGCAAUUCCAGUUUAGCGCAAUCGAAGCAGCGACAAAUAAGUUCUCAGAAAGUAACAAGCUUGGUCAUGGUGGAUUUGGUGAAGUUUAUAAGGGUCAGCUUAUAACUGGAGAAACAGUAGCAAUAAAGAGACUAUCUCAAGGAUCGACACAAGGAGCUGAAGAAUUCAAGAACGAAGUUGAUGUGGUCGCAAAGCUACAACACAGGAAUCUAGCUAAGCUCUUGGGAUAUUGCUUAGAUGGAGAAGAGAAAAUACUUGUCUAUGAGUUUGUUCCUAACAAAAGCCUCGACUACUUCCUUUUCGAUAAUGAGAAGAGAAGAGUUUUGGAUUGGCAAAGAAGGUACAAGAUCAUUGAAGGGAUAGCUCGAGGAAUACUAUAUUUACAUCGAGAUUCUCGGCUAACGAUCAUUCACCGUGACCUUAAAGCUAGUAACAUACUCUUAGAUGCAGACAUGCAUCCGAAGAUCUCAGAUUUCGGUAUGGCGAGGAUCUUUGGUGUUGAUCAAACUCAAGCCAAUACUAAAAGAAUCGUUGGUACAUAUGGUUAUAUGUCUCCUGAGUAUGCGAUCCACGGGAAAUACUCGGUGAAAUCGGAUGUCUAUAGCUUCGGAGUCUUGGUUCUUGAACUCAUAACCGGCAAGAAAAACAGUAGCUUCUAUGAAGAAGAUGGUCUUGGAGAUUUAGUGACCUACGUGUGGAAGCUAUGGGUGGAGAAUUCACCACUGGAGCUAGUAGAUGAAGCAAUGAGAGGGAAUUUUCAGACAAAUGAAGUGAUCAGAUGCAUUCACAUUGCUUUGUUAUGUGUUCAAGAAGAUUCUUCAGAGAGACCUUCAAUGGAUGACAUUCUUGUGAUGAUGAACAGCUUCACUGUUACUUUACCGAUUCCAAAGCGAUCUGGGUUUCUUCUUCGAACCAUGAAAGACUCUAGAGAUCCACGCUCAGGAGGUUCUGCUUCUGAUCACUCUGCAACAAGCAAGUCUUUGCCUUUGUCUGUUGACGAUUCUUCCAUCACUAUAGUUUAUCCUCGUUGACUUCAACAAUUAGUUCCAGUAAUGUUAUGUUGUAACUUGUAACUAUGUGAAACAAAGCAAAAACUUAUUU